AGACAUAUGUACACGACACUAUGUACACAAAAUUUACUAUCACGUGUACUUCAAUUCAUAUGUACAUUAUUGAAGUAUGAAUUAUUUUUGCGUACAUUAUUGUAAUGAUGUUUGUAUGUAGAUAUAUGUAUACAAUACUAUGUACACAAAAUUUGCUAUCUACGUGUACUUCAAUUCAAAUGUACAUUAUUGAAGUAUGAAUCAUUUUUGUGUACAUUAUUGUAAUGAUGUUUGUAUGUAGAUAUAUGUACACAACACUUUGUACACAAAAUUUACUAUCCACGUUACUUCAAUUCAUAUGUACAUUAUUGAAGUAUGAAUUAUUUUUGUGUACAUUAUUGUAAUGGUGUUUGUAUAUAGAUAUGUACACCAAAUUUACUAUCCACGUGUACUUCAAUUCAUAUGUACACAAUUCAACUUGUGCAAUAAUUCACAUGUACACACUGUAAAAAUAAACUUGUAAAACCAUAUAUUGUAUUUUUGGCCAAAACCAUAAAUCUAAUUUUGCAUCUUAACCAUUAAAAUCAAAAUUUGUGUGUAAAAAAAAUUAUCUUAAGCAAAACUAAAAAAUGCUAUAUUUGUUCCUGAACGAAGAAUUUUCUAGAAUAUUCAUCCAUAUUAAGAAUUCCAUGAAUAUUUAGAAAUUUUAUCUUUAUAGAACAAGAAAAAUCUAAAAAUUAUAUUUUCUUUUUAAAAAGUAAUUUUUCCAUCAAAGAUUGUGUUUCUAUUCUUUGACUUAUAGAAUUUUUUUCUCUUUCUAGGUUUUGGUUAAAGAAUAUAUAGAGUAUAAGCCAAGUCAAAUAUUGUCACGUGUACACAUAUAUUUCACUGUCCCCAUGUACAAAGUUUUAUGAAAAAUCACAUGUACACUGGUACAUUUUGUACAUUGCUCAAUUUAUGAUAUUUGGUAAUUCAAAUAUUUUUUAGUAUAGUUGCUAGAAAAAUUAUUUGAGUAAUUUGUUUUAGUUCAUUAUUGGAUGCAUCUGUUGAAUUUGUAUGUUCAGUAUGCAUAUCACAUGAAAAUUAAAAUUUGGAAGUUCAUGUGUACACAUAUAUUAUAUUGUGCACGUGUACAUAUGUAUCACAAAAAAAAACACAAGUACACAAACUCAUUUAUACAUUUCACAAGUUAUGAUACCUGAUGAUUUUAGUGAGUAUAUUUUUGGAGUCUAUUUAGAUAAUUUUAGGUUUAAUAUAGGUGUGUAUAUAUCAUUUGUUUGUUCAUUAGAGGAUUAAAAAUGUAAAUUUGGAAAUUUUGGGGUCAAAAAUGAAAGGAUGCAAAAUAUGAGGGACUAGAAAUGAAAAACCCAAAGUUCUCCAUCAAAAUAGGGGCUAGAAUGCAUAUUUUGAAGUAUAGGGGUCAAUUAGAUAGGAUAUAUUUGAAAUCAAAGAGUUUGGGACAAAAUCAAAUUAAACCUAAAUACCCAAGGACUAAAUGUGCAAAUAUGUGAGAUUUGACCAUUGUUGCUUGAGCUUUCUCUCUGUGAUUGGAGCUCGACAGACGAGUGUAGCGGCUCAGGCAAAGAAGCUACUGUGCUUAAGGUUACUCGCGUUCGAGAUCGUGACACAAUCACUUCACGCCAGAGAGAUUUACCAUUGUUUUUUUAAGGGAUUUACCAUUGUUGCUUAAGCUUUCUCUCUCCUAUGAUAGUUUAGACGAUGGCUGAUAUUUAUAGAAGAGCUUGAUUGAAGCGGAAGAGAUGCAGAGGUGAAGAUGAUGAAGAAGAUGGCGACAGAGCUUCGACGGUAGAUUCAGAACGGUUAGCACCAGAAACUAAAAGUGAGUGAAAAUCUCCAGAUCUAUCUUUGAAAUAGCACUUUGCAUUUCUUUAGUGGAAAUUAAAACCAAAUGGUUCACGACAAAAGAAAACAAGAAUAAAACUAUGAGAGAGAGAGAGAGAUAAAAAAGUGAUUGUGACCAUAGUUUCCUAAUAGUUUUCUUUUGGCUAAUAAAAUAAAAUAAUAAUAUUUAGUUAGGACUUUUAGUUAGUGUAUAGAUAUAAAUUAGGUUUGGUUAGAAAAAACUGCUCUAGUAGUAAGAACUGUCUAAUAGUGUGAUAAAAAACUUAAAACUGUCUUUGAGUGUAAUUGUUUCUAAUUUCAAUGUCGGUAAUUGUGUGGUGGCUAGUAACGGCGGUUAUGGUGGCGGCUCACUCGGCCUCUGCCGGAUCCGCCGGAGUUGUAGAAUCGUACUGGGAGGUCGAGAAUCAAUUCCGGUCUCCGGAUUGUACAGAAGGCGUCGUUAUUGCCAUCAACGGUGCGUUUCCAGGGCCAACGAUUUAUGCUAACGCCGGAGACACAGUCAUCAUUCACGUCAAAAAUAAACUCUCCACCGAAAAUGUUGUCAUCCAUUGGCACGGCAUACGUCAGAAUGGCACUCCAUGGUCAGAUGGAGCAGCGGGUGUGACGCAAUGUCCCAUUAAUCCUGGAGAGACUUUCACUUAUAAAUUCACAGUUGAUAAGGCAGGAACACAUUUCUACCACGGACACUAUGGGAUGCAGAGAUCGGCUGGACUGUACGGGAUGAUGGUAGUGAGAUCGCCCAAAGAGACACUACAGUACGAUGGAGAGUUUAAUCUGCUGCUCAGUGAUUGGUGGCAUCUAAGUAGUACCUUGCAAGAACUCUCUCUUUCUUCGAAGCCUAUGCGUUGGAUUGGGGAGCCUCAGAGUCUGUUGAUCAACGGAAGAGGACAGUUCGAUUGCUCACAAGCGGGGUAUUUUAACGAGGGAGGCUUGAAAGAGUGUAACUUUACAAAAGAUGAUCCUUGCGCACCUACAACUCUAAGGGUCGAGCCAAACAAAGUAUAUCGCCUUCGGAUCGCUAGCACCACUUCUCUUGCUUCCCUCAACUUAGCCGUUGAAGGACACCAACUAGAGGUCGUCGAAGCCGACGGCAACUACGUCGCUCCGUUCACCGUCGACGACAUUGAUAUCUAUUCCGGCGAAACCUAUUCCGUUCUUCUCCGAACACAUAAUCCAUCUCCUCCAAGAAAGUACUGGAUCUCAGUCGGCGUUCGUGGCCGGAAACCCAACACUCCUCAAGCACUCACCAUGUUGCACUACGCCGGUGCUUCCGAAUCCGAACGCUUACCUUUUCCACCGCGGGAGACUCCCAGGUGGGACGACUUCAACCGGAGCAAAAACUUCUCCAAGAAAAUCUUCGCCGCGAAAGGAUAUCCACCGCCACCAGAGAAAUCAAACGCGCAGCUCUUCCUCCUCAACACUCAGAAUCUCAUGGAAGGCUACACAAAGUGGGCUAUCAACAACCUUUCCUUAUCCGUCCCGGCGACGCCGUACAUCGGAUCCAUCAGAUACGGGCUACCGUUGGAGUAUUUAAAAUUUCCGGGCCCAGAGAUCAUAGAGAACUACGAUAUCAAUCAUCCUCCGGUGAAUCCCAACACAACCGUGAGUAGCGGUAUCUACAAUCUCACGAUGGGGAUGGUCGUGGACGUGAUCCUCCAGAACUCGAACGUUUUAAAGGGUGAAAUCAGCGAGGUUCAUCCGUGGCAUCUCCACGGCCACGACUUUUGGGUUUUGGGUUACGGUGAAGGGAAGUUUCAGCCAGGAGUCGACGACAAGAGGUAUAAUCUGACGAACGCGCCGUUACGGAAUACGGUGGCGUUGUAUCCGUACGGAUGGACAGCGUUGAGAUUUGUAACGGACAAUCCUGGGGUUUGGUUUUUUCAUUGUCACAUUGAACCGCAUUUGCAUAUGGGCAUGGGUGUGGUUUUCGCCGAGGGAGUAGACCAGAUCGCUAAGAUGAAUAUACCGCGCGAGGCGUUAGGUUGUGGGUCAACCAGAGAAAUGUUUAUGAACCAGGGACGCCAUUAAAAACAGGAGCUAUAACGGUGUUUUUCUAAUACUCGUACUAGUAGUAUGCUUUUAUGUGUUGUGUGAGUGUGUGUUUUACCUUUGUAUUGUUGUUAAAUUAUUUGGAGACAAAACUACAAAUGUUUUGAUUCAUGAUUUAUCAACUCAAAAGGAAUUAGUUACUUUUUUUUGUCAACUCAAAAGGAAUUAGUUACUUAUUAGUAA